AUGGUUUGCACUAAAUUUGUUGAAGACCUCGAAAAGCUUGAGAAUUCAGAAUGACCUCAUCUUCCAUUGAAGAAAUUAAUGUGAACCUUCUAAAAUAAAUUUGAAAAAAAUUAGACUUUUUUUCCCUAGAGCUCAUGUACACGUUCUGAAGCCAACCUGAGCAGAUUUUAGGGCUUUUUGUCGAUUAAGAAAAUAAAAAUCAAGGCCCCAUUUUUGUAGAGCUCAAAAACUGCGAAAAUCGUCAUUUUUCCCCCCUUUUAACGAUUUUUUUUCCACGAGAAGAAAAUGUUUUUCAGAAUGAAAAAUUUUCAAAAAGACAUGUUCUUCACAUUACAGCUUGUUUGAACCGAAUUGCUCCACUAGAAAAAAAAAUUUACAUUUUUACGCUAUUUUCGUCACUGUAACCGUAAGAAUGGGCGGAGCCUGUCGAAACUUGGUGUCAUAAGUUAAGAAGGUCGCAUAGUUAAGAACAUUGUAUCUAAAUUUCAGCUCGAAAAACAAAUUUGAAAAAUUAUUGUACCAACAUAUUUUUCGAAAAUCUCAGAGAACUUGUGUUAAAUCUCCCAAAUACGUGUAAGUUGAAUUGUUCAGACUUUGGCUCUUUUUCAAACUUUUUUUCUAUAUUUUUUUCGUCGAAAGGAGGAUUUUUGAAAAAAAUAAGUUUUUUUCCAAUAAAUUAGAGAGAUUUAAAAAUUUUUUUGGCUCAUGAGAAUCCUUCUAGCCAGACCGACUUUUGCCGUUCUGAACUUUUUUUCGAGUUUUUUUGAACCAGUGCAAAUGAUUUUGUAAUUUCUUGUUUAGUGAAUUUUAAAAAAAGUCAAAAUUUUCACUCUGAAGCAUAGCGAAAUUGUAGCUACUAGUUGACUUGGUCAGAUUUUCUGAUUACUACUUUUUUUCGCUUUUUCUCGUUCCAGUGGACAUUUUAACGAUAUCCAAAUUAUAAGUUACCCUAUAAAUUUCUCUAAUAAAAGAUUGAGAAUUUUAGGGGGUCAUCCGACGGAAAGUCAUUCAUCAUUCUUAUUAGGGCGAUCUUGAUCUGAUACCGAUUAUAUAUGUUUUAGAUUCACCCUUCUUUUGGUCUUUUUGGUCUUUUUGUGGUCCUCUUUUCCGUAAUUUUCUAGUUAUUUUUUAAGACUUGAAGCUUCUGGCUCAUUUUGAACUCUUCAAAAAAUUUGAAAUAUUAAAAACUUCCAAAAACUUCAGAAUUAAAUAGUUUUAGGUUGAAAAAAAUGUGCGAAUGAGCUUUUUUCGGCGUUUUUUUCGAUGGUUUUAUGUAAUUCUCAGCUCAAAUUUUUUUUUCUCUGGACUCUUAAAGUUUCCCUUUUCUUUCAGGUUGUCUUUUUAUUAAAAAAGUUUUUCACUUUAUUUUUUUGAUCUUUCCGAUUUUCGCUAAUUCAGAUGGAGCUGGAAAAAUCUUAAAUUAAAAAAAUUGCUUUUUUUAAAAUCAUGAAAGUCCUUCUAUUCAAAAAAAUCGACUAUUUUUGAAUAUUCAAAAUUCUAAUAUUCCUUUUCUGAUCAGGUGAAUAAUAAAAAAAAAUAGGCCAUUUUUUUAGACCGGGAGCUUGAAAUAUCUGAUCAAGUGAGAUCAUUUCGGAUAAAAAUUUUUUUGACAAAAUUUUUAAAUUUUUUUAUUACAAAUUCAAGUUUUUUUAUCAUAAUUUUUUUCGCAUCAGAGUAUUUAUAAUCUACAUAGAAAGACGGCUAUUUUUCAACAAUAUUACAAACUUUCCGAUUUCUUCAAAAAUUCGUUGUCGGAAAAUUUAGGUUACUUCUUCACAUCUGAAGCUUGCAAUAUUCACUCCAAUAAGAUCAAACUUAAGACAAAUUUUUUGAAGUUCCCAGUUGUCUUAUUUUCUUCAUUGGAAUUUGCUCGAUCAAAGAGAGGCUUCACGAAGCAUGACGGCUAUUUUUUCACUGAAUAUUCGCUUAGAACAAGCCUGGCGACUCAAGACAAGGCGAUCAUUUUUUGGCCAAGAAAUUGUUGCAAUUCCCACUCGGACAAGACGCCGGCAACAGUCCCGGCGCACGAGUCCGGCUCGAGCGGCGGGCAAAUAGACGGGAGAAAAAGUCCAGCAGCACCAAAAAGUGCGCGCGCGCGCGCGUGACGCGUCGCAAGUGGGUGGGCGAAGACGGAGGAAUUUGCUGGCAUCGGGCCAAAAGACACGUGAUUGGUUAG